UCCGCCCCGGCAGGCUGGGCCCGCGGGAGCCUAGCGUCUCCAGUCCCCGCCGUGCCGCGGGCUGUGGGUUUGGUGCGUUCUGCGCCGGGAAUGACCCUGCCUGGGGGCCCGACCGGCAUGGCGCGGCCAGGGCGCGCGGGGCCCUGCAGCCCUGGGCUGGAACGGGCACCGCGCCGGAGCGUCGGGGAGCUGCGCCUGCUCUUCGAAGCGCGCUGCGCCGCGGUGGCAGCCGCCGCCGCCGCCGGGGAACCCCGGGCCCGCGGGGCCAAGCGACGCGGGGGCCAGGUCCCCAACGGGCUCCCGCGGGCCGCUCCGGCGCCGGCCAUCCCGCAGCUGACGGUGACGGCCGAGGAACCGGAGGCACCCCCAGCCAGCCCCGGGCCACCCGAACCGGAGGGGCGCUGGCUCCCGGCCGCGGGCGCACACCUGCAGCAGCCGCGCCGCCUUUCCACCUCGUCGCUGUCUUCUACCGGCUCCUCGUCGCUGCUCGAGGACUCUGAAGACGAUCUGCUGAGCGACAGCGAAAGCCGAAGCCGCGGCAACGUGCAGCUGGAAGCCGGCGAGGACGCGGGUCAGAAAAGCCACUGGCAGAAGAUCCGCACCAUGGUGAACCUGCCGGUCAUGAGUCCCUUCCGGAAGCGCUACUCUUGGGUACAGCUAGCAGGGCACACGGGGAGCUUCAAGGCGGCGGGCACAAGCGGGCUGAUCCUGAAGCGCAGCUCAGAACCGGAGCGUUAUUGCCUGGGCCAGCUGAUGGGGGAUGCGCUGCGUGGCUGUGUGCCCACCUUCCACGGCGUGGUGGAGCGUGAUGGCGAGAGCUACCUGCAGCUGCAGGACCUGCUGGAUGGUUUCGACGGGCCCUGCGUGCUCGACUGCAAGAUGGGCGUCAGGACUUACCUGGAAGAGGAGCUGACCAAAGCCCGGGAGCGCCCCAAACUGCGCAAGGACAUGUACAAGAAGAUGCUGGCGGUGGACCCUGCAGCGCCCACCGAGGAAGAGCAUGCGCAGCGGGCUGUCACCAAGCCGCGCUAUAUGCAGUGGCGGGAGGGCAUCAGCUCUAGCACCACGCUUGGCUUCCGCAUCGAGGGCAUCAAGAAAGCUGAUGGCUCCUGCAGCACUGACUUCAAGACCACGAGAAGCCGAGAGCAGGUGACCCAAGUCUUUGAGGAGUUUGUGCAAGGAGAUAUGGAAGUGCUGAAAAGGUAUCUGAACCGCCUGCAGCAGAUCCGGGACACCCUGGAGGUCUCCGAGUUUUUUAGGAAGCACGAGGUGAUCGGCAGCUCGCUCCUCUUCGUGCACGAUCAUUGCCAUCGCGCUGGCGUGUGGCUCAUCGAUUUUGGCAAGACCACGCCCCUUCCAGAUGGCCAGAUUCUGGACCACCGGCGGCCCUGGGAGGAGGGCAACCGUGAGGACGGCUAUCUGCUAGGGCUGGACAAUCUCAUUGGCAUCCUAGCAGGUCUCAUAGAGAGAUGAGGCCAGGCCCUGUUGCCACUUGGGCCUGCCGGUCAGAAAGACAUGGACCUGUGGCUGUGACCCCACAGUGCAUGCCAGCAAGACCAGACCCCGCUGCGCGGGCAGUUGCUCGGUCCUGCAGGGCCAGGUGCCAACCACUAAGGGGUGCGUUGCCAACACAGGGAGUUGGCCUCACAUAAGCCCCAAAUUCCCAGAGCUGGAUGACACUAGUUUAGAGGAGGGGAGAACAAUGGGCUUCUUUGUUAGCUCUGAACCUCUCCAGAGGGACCAGAUAAAGAAUUGCAUUUCACAGGUCUAGAUCUAUUGGACAGGCUUCUCACACUACAGUGGACUCCCCAAUAAAACUC